AUGGUCGUUUGUGAGCAAGUCCUGGAAAUACUCGAGGCGGCUGACGUACCGUUCAUUGACCUGCUUCGCAUCGUGUCGGACGCUCGCCACAACCGAGGGAAGGAGAGGUACUGGGGUCUGUUCCGGAAUACCACUGGUGUCGCAGAGAUCCUGGACAUGUGGGUCUCCUCUGAGAACAGCCUUACUGGCCGAGAGACUCUCCGCGAGUGGGCCACCGCAUACAUCGCUCGACUUGUCUCCCGCGAAGGUGAUGCAGUCUCCCAGGAUGGCUUCCUGCGCACGGAGAAGCGGGCAAUUGACGAGCACUUCGCCUUGGACUUCAGCCUCGAAUCGCUGGCUGGUGAACUCAGCGAGCUCUGCCCCACGAUGAUGGUUCUCCUGUCUGAGUUUGGUACCUCUACCCGACAGAAGCGCAGUAACACACGCACGGGAGUGCGACGACACUUGAAUUAUGGAACAUCGAUGUUGACACUAGUUGCACGGAGCCAAAAAAACAACUACGCACGCCACAUCUUCGGACUGUACGCAUAUGCCUCAGGAGCAAAACGACAAAUGAUCGAAUUGUUGUCGCACCUUGGACUGUGCAGCAGCUAUAACACUCUUGCCGCGAAUCUUGGGAUCCUCAAGCGCCUUUCAGACGCAUGUCGACGCGCUGCACGUGCAAACGCGUCAUCGCGUCUCGUCGCAUUCGUGUACGAUAACAUCAAUAUUGUAUUUCGCGUGGCCGAGCAAGCGUCCGGCAAUAAGGACACCAUGGAAAACGGAACAUGCGCAACGGCGUUCGAGCUGUUCGGAGCGAGCGAGGACGCCAUGCAGACGUCAGACCUCAUGGCAGGGAUCAUCAAUGCCGGACCUCUCAGUGUGUCAGACGUGCUCUUCACGCCCGAAGAGAGCCGCGAUUUCAAAGCAAUCCUCCAGCACACCGUUCUCAAUGUCAUAGUGACCCAUGGUGCCGGUGAACCCAUUGCGCGCUUCAAGAAGGACGUUGAUACGUUCGGUCCACUUCUCGAGACACGGAUCCCUCUGCACCAGACCAAGAUCUUCCCUCUGCCCUCAAUGAAGAUUGAUGAAUCAACAAUAGUGGGAAAUGCGGACGUCACAAAGACUGUUCUUGCGGAGCUUGGGCAGGACAUGAGUGCAGAUGGCUUUGCAGACGUGGUCCGGAUCAUUGCAGGCGACCAGUUGUCCAUUGCUCGCUUGCGUUCACUCAUGAAGAAUAGGUCAGGUCACGACUCCUUCGCCAACUCGUAUCUCUGGGCCGUCAUCAUGCCGGGAUUCUUUCACUACAAGAUGGCCACCGUGCACGGCAUCAUGGAACGUCAUUACGGGUACACUACAAGCCAUCACAACCCGGGUUCUCUCGCAUUCCACAACACCGUCUUGGACCGUAAACCAAUUACCAUGACCAGCCUUCCGCCAUUCCGUGUCUGUCAGGAUCUCAUCUUCGUCUCACUCUACGCCCGCGUCCUCGUCUGCCUAGAACAUGUCAGCUCAUGUGAAUCCCUCGAAGACUACGUCAAGCAUGUGUCUGUACCCGAGCAUGGCGGCACGGCGUCGACUGACUCGGAGUGCCCACAGACACCACGUACCCAACCCGCUGCCCCGGGAUUGCACCAGCAAAGCGAGCAAUCGGCGUCCACUCCUGUCGAUACAGUGCCACCAGAGCCCCGCGCCGGCACUAUACCAUCCUUGCAGACGCAAGGAGACAUGGUGUACGAGAACGCCCUUCUGUUCCUGCGGGACGCGCUCGUUUUGCGUGCGCUGACGAACGCAAUCAAGAUGGGUGUCUCCGGUCGCAUAGUCUUGAUCCUCAAGGCGUUGGCGCUGAUCUACCGUGGUUCCGGACGCACGAAAUAUGCUCAGGAAGUUCUAUUCCUAAUCCAUAACAUGACUCACAUAUGGCCAGAAGAACUGCGCAAAAUUGUCCUGAACAAUUGGCUUGUCAAUCCGACCGGCAAGCCGAAUGCCUGGGUCGAAGUCGACCUCAUGCAGGAGCAUGAGAACUUCUGGAUCAAAACAAUCUACCGAGCACACGGGAGCAACGGGUCAUGGGAAUGGCUCGCCAUGAUAUCGCCGUGCAUCGACAUCCUGCGCCGCCUGUCCACGCAGAUGAACGCGUCCCUAGGCGCGAAGCUGGGAUCAAAGCAUACGAGUCCCAGUAUACAGAAGGACAUCACCGUGCUAAUGAGCUCCCUGCAUCACCACCGAGUUUACGAACUCCAUCCUGGCCGCGCGAUUGAUGAUGACAAGCCCAUUGUGCCCGACGCGCUGACGUACGGGCUCGAACUCCUUGAAGGGCCGCUCGAGGACUUCAACCACACGUUCACCAAGCUGCAAGCACGCUGUCGAUCAACGCCUCUUUCCACCACGACGGUUGUUCCGGCCGCGAGCUCCAGUGAGCCGCAAACAGUUGCGGUCAAUACAGCGCCAACCAGCGAGGGCCACGCAGAGGGCGCGUCAGAGCAGCUGGCGGACAGGCAAAGCGGCGCGGUGAUAGAACGAAGCGAAGAUCGCGAAGGAGACGGUUCCGACGAGGACUCAGAUGACGAUGAAGAGGAUGACCUUCAGCCGCAAACCAUGUUCUCACUCGAUACGCCGGGCGACGUGGCGCUUGAUCCCGAUCGUGUGGACAACUUUGAGUUUGGACUAUGA